AUGGUUGCGAACGCCGUGAACACGUCUGCCGGAAACCUCCCACUCACUUUAAUCGACGGAUACGGUGCAAACGGCUUCACCGGUUACAUCUAUGAGGGCUAUGAGUACUCGGACCAGGCACUCUUCGUUGGGAUUGAUCCCGGGCUUGGUGACGACGACUAUCCGUCUGGCUGCGCGCUCAUGAUGCAGUACCAGAGACAGACGUUUCUGCUGCAAUGGACUUCAUCCGAGGAAGAAACGGGGACCGAGAACUCCAAUUCCAACUCCAGGGAUGACAGUUUCCAGAAUACGACAUCCUGCACCGGUCUUCUCGACCUCUGUAGCCAGUCGGUCAUUAUUGAGAUAAUCCGUAGCUUCAGGGACGACUCGAACAACACGUCCAACAGCACCAGCGGGUCCAAGUCCGAGUCCGGGGACAGAUGGCAAAGCUCGUGGAUUGCCAACUUCAUGAACGUCACCGGCGGGCCCUUGCCUGACGGAAACGCCAACAAUGCGAGUGACGAGAGGCUAGGAAACGACCAAUGCAGCCCUGUUCUGCCACAAAGUGACUGGAAUCUGUACAAGGUUGCGGAUAUGCGCCUCUUUUACUUUGUAAAUGCGCCCGAUGACAAGAGUGUGAACGAGUUUUACAGUCCCGUCUUUGGUGGUCGCGCGGGCUUCACCCCUGUAAUGACCGUUCUUUACACAGAUGGUGGACAGAACGACAAUGAGAACGGCACCGACGCUGAUCCUGAAGUGCAAUUUACUUGCAUGAAGACCUUCCACCGUGACGGAGAGCCGCGCCAAGAGCCGUUUGGAAGCGGCGCUGUUGCUCGACCAAGGGGCUCUCUGUCUUUCUCGGGGACUCUUCUGGUUCUUGUUUCUAUCCCUUUUGGUUUGUAG